CGCACGUCGACACGGUAUCUUUACUCGUCCACUACGCGAUUUCAGUCAUUUCACAUCCUUAAUUUACAAGUUUCCAAACAUUCAUAAACACUUUCACAUUCACACCCACUUCAUUCAUUAAUCACACCCCUAAAUUGCAACAAAAUUAACUUUCCUUUCUUUCCAAUAAUGGAAUCUCAAAGACCCAAUUACAGAUACAAUCAAUCUUUAUACCCACAAAUUCAUCAAUCAAACCCAAACCCGAAUCCGAAUUACACACCUUCAGCUCCAUCUCUAUACCCAUCGUUAGAUUACGCUAAUGAUAUUCAAAAUCUCAUCAUUAAUGAUACUAAUGAUGAUCAUACUGAUCACUCUUUCGAAUCAUCUGAAGAAAUCAUAAUAAAUAUCCCAAAUUGUAUCAUCCAUUUGAUAGAUAAACACCAAAGCGUCGAACUUGCUUCCGGCGAGCUACAAAUUCUCCAGCUCCGGCAAGGCCCCGCCGUCGUCGCCGUUAUUGCACGUAUCGGAAACCAAAUUCAGUUUCCGUUAACUAAAGACGAAGCAGCUGUUAAACUAGAUGGGUCUCAUUAUUUUUUCACCCUGCGUACUGGGUCGGAGUCAAAAUCGGAUCUUGAACCCGAUAACUUGUUGAACUAUGGGUUGACUGUUCCGGGUCAUGAUUUUGAUAUGGAGUUUUUUGAUGGGAUUUUGGAUGAAUACAGUGUGUUUUCAGUGAAGGAUGUGUCGCCGGUGGUGGUGGCGGUUGGGGCGGAGGAAAGUGGUGGUACGGCGGAGGUUAAAGCGGCGGCGUAUUGGACGACUUUGGCGCCAAAUGUUGAAGAUUAUAGUGGGUCGGUUGCUAAAUUAAUUGCUUCCGGGUCGGGUCAGUUGAUAAGAGGGAUAUUGUGGUGUGGGGAUGUGACUGUUGAUAGGUUGAAAUGGGGAAAUGAGUUUUUGAAAAAGAGGACUAAAUCUGGUAAUAAAUCUGAUGUCAGUCCUCAAGCUUUGAAGAGAAUGAAAAGGGCUAAAAGAUUGACAAAGAUGUCAGAAAGUGUGGCAACUGGGGUUCUUUCUGGUGUUGUGAAGGUAUCUGGACUCAUCACGGGGUCUAUUGUGAAUUCGAAACCUGGGAAGAAAUUCUUCAACUUUCUACCUGGAGAAAUAAUUCUUGCAUCCUUGGACGGUUUCAACAAAGUUUGUGAUGCCGUUGAAGUAGCUGGGAAAAACGUGAUGGGGACAACAUCAACUGUCACAACAGAUUAUGUUUCACACAGACAUGGCGAAGAUGCAGCCAAAGUGACACACGAAGGGAUGACUGCAGCUGGGCAUGCGAUAGGGACAGCUUGGGCCGUGUUUAAGAUACGCAAGGCAUUGAACCCGAAGAGUGCUAUUAAGCCUACAACUCUUGUAAAAGCUGCUGCCUCUAAAUCGAAAUCGAAAGCAUCUAAAUCCAAAUCAUAGAACAGUUUAUUUAAACAUGUUCAUAUGUUGAUGUUUUUAUUGUGACAGUUUGAUUCAUUUUUUUUAUUAUCGAAAUGUUUCUACUGUAGACCCUUAUAUUCCAUAGAAAACACUAAUAUGUGAUUGUGGCUGUAUAAAUUAAAGACGAUCCAUAAUUAAUACUGGGAGAAAUAUUUUUUGUAACUA